AUGGUAGAGAAGGUCGAGACAGCGGGGCCCCAGACUUCGGUGAUAUAUAAAAUGGACCAACUGAAGAUUGAAAUCAAAUUAUGGGAACGAUCGUUUGAGAAAGAACAUGGGAGGUUGCCUGAGAAAGAAGAUAUCAAAGCAGACAAAGAGAUUAAAAGGAAAUACAAGCAAUAUGCGCAAUAUAAGAAGCUUAUAGAGCAUCAAGGCAAACAGGAACACCUUGAAUCAAAGCAAAGUGGUAUAGAUCAGACUCCGGUAAAAGCAGUUGUCGAUGAUGCCAAAACUGAGUUCGGUCCAACGCCUCAGAUGAACGGGAAACUGGUAAGCAUAUUUGAGAUGAAAUUUUCCCUUGUAAAAGAUCAUUCAUCAGAGACUCUCGAGGCUGUAGGGUCACCUGUAAGGGGCCACGAGAGCGUUAGAAGACAAUUGAAUUUUGCUAUUACACCAGGCUCUUCUCCGAUAAAAGGAGCUCCAAAACUGGAAUACCCAGAAGCAUCUACAACAGCGGCAUCUAAUGGAUUAAGAUACGGACCGAAUUCUCCAAUGCGUGUUGACGAUAUCGGAUUAAAGCUAUCUGACACGCCUAAAACACUGGGAAGAAUGCAUGAUAUUAAAAGCUCCCCAUAUAGCCCGUCGCCGUUGAUCAAGAGACCGUCAAAGACAUUAUCUGAACUUGCGAAAGAGCAUGCACUUAUUAAGAACGAAUUCGAAUCUAAUACGGAAGAUUUCAGUGAAUUCAACGCGAUAAGGACGUUAACAGAGAAACUAAUGCAGGAAGAGAAGCUGAAGAAGAUUGAUGAAGAAGCGGAGGAAGACGAUAAUGCUAAUACAAGCGCGUUUAUUCGUAAAGCAAAAACUAUCAAGAAGAAAACUAGGGCAAAGAUGAGACCUGCACCAGCUACGUUAAAUGAGGUGAAGCAAAACAAGAUGUUGAACACGAAUGUGCACGAACGGUUAGCGAAGUUGAAGCAACGUGAAUAUAAUAGAAUGCUAGGAAAGGACGAUAUAGAGAGCGAUUCCGAUUCAGAAACGGAAAUGGCACCUACACCUGCGAAGAAACCACGCAAGAAGAAUAGCAAGUACAACCUUGUCAGCAACAACUUCAAGCGUCUGAACUUACCGACAAAGGCCGGACGGAACAGGGCAAAGAAAUGGAGGUCGCGUAUGUGA